AGUAUCCCGGGUGAGCCGUUCCCGGCAGUGCCACACCCCCGUGCACGGCCGCCGCAUCAGCGGCGUCGGCGGUGGUGCGAUCAUGUGAUGCCUGCAUUUCCGACACAACAAUACAACACCGGAUCGCUCUGCAGCCUCGCGCCCGCUCUGCCCCCUCGCCUCUUUGUCGGUAUGGCAGACGGAGAGAGGUCCCCGUUACUGUCAGAUUUAGGAGACGGUGCCCUCGGCAGCGGUAACGGCGGGUUCUCUCCAAACAGCGGGUUUGUACCCAACAAACCAGAGAGCUUCCCUCCGUUCCCCAGCCCCACUCAGCCCUCAGUGCUCCUCGGGGAGGACCCUCCACCCUACUCUCCACUCACCUCUCCAGAGAGCGGCAGCGCCCCCGUCAUCAGCUGCAGGGUGUGUCAAAGUCUCAUCUCUGUGGAGGGCAAGAUUCACCAGCACGUGGUGAAAUGUGGAGUUUGCAAUGAAGCAACGCCCAUUAAGAACGCCCCAGCAGGGAAGAAGUAUGUCCGCUGCCCCUGCAACUGCCUGCUGAUCUGCAAAGUCACUUCUCAGAGGAUCGCCUGUCCCCGACCAUACUGUAAGAGGAUCAUUAAUCUGGGUCCGGUUCAUCCUGGUCCUGCCAGUCCUGACCCACAGCCUGCUGGAGCCCGAGUCUCAUGUGGACACUGCAGCAACACCUUCCUGUGGACCGAGUUCACGGAUCGGACGCUGGCCCGGUGCCCGCACUGCAGGAAAGUCUCCUCGAUUGGACAGAGGUAUCCUCGGAGGCGGAGCUUGUGGUGUUUUCUACUCUGCUUGCUGUUCAGCGUUUCCACGGCGGGGCUGAUGGCUGGAACGUGGGGGAAGGCCCAGACCUACCCGGGCAUCUACGCCUCGUGGACCGUCAUGCUGCUCCUGGUUCUCGUCACGUUGGUUCGGGCGUUCUACUGGGCGUGCAUGAGAGUCAGCCAGCCUCUUCAGAGCUUCACAUAAAUCCCCCUCAUCAUCAUCACCACCACCAUCAUCAUCAUCUUCAUCUGCCAAGCUCGUCUUUCCAACUUGCCUGGCAGGAGAAAAGAUGGCUUAAAAAAACAACCAAAAACAAUAUUUAUUGAAACCCUGCUGCAGCCAGAAGUCCUCCCCCCGGUUUACCCGUACGUGGUUCUCAAACUGAACGGCGGUGAAUGCGACUCCUAUAUAUCUCCUGGUAAUUAUGAUGACGCGUAUAGCCUGUUGUGCUGGUGAUCUAUUCUAAUCUUGUGGCUUCAUUUGAACUCUCCUGCACCGUUAGCUUUCCAUCCCUGCUUCAGAGACCAAGAGCUUCACUUUCAAACGGGAAUCUGUUUUGGUUCCGGGGGCCUCUUCCUCUCCAGCCCGGAUUUUUUUGUCUUUUUUUUAAGCAGCUUAAAGUCACACAGAGCUAACAAAUCAAUGACUGUAAGAAAUGCUUGUGUUAAUCAAAAGAUCAAACAGGUGUUGAGAUGAGGAAAAAGUGAAAUUCCAGAGUGUGAAGUCAGGCUGUGAUGUCUCUAAACUCCGUGUUUGUGCUGAAUUAUCCCCUGGGACUGUUUUGAUCCAAAGCAGCUUGAAAGCCUUAAAAGGAAGGUGUGAUGGUGCACACGCACGUGCACACAACACCGAUGCAAACCCAACAAAAGUGCAGCGUUUCUGUCCCUCCCCAGCAGCCCCUCUGUCAAAAACAGCCCAUCUUCAAAGAUGGUCCUGAAAGAAGGUUUUCUCCACACGCCUUUAAUCUGAAACAUCUGAAUGUGAUGACCUUUGUUAAACCAGGAGAUGUCGUUUUUUCAGGAAGAUGCUCCGCGGCUUAGUGACGGAUGCUCUGGAUGCAUCUCCCUGACUCUAAUGGACGGCAACAAAUGAGUCCUUUAAGAUCUCUGUCUCCUUACAGCCACAAACCCUGCAAUGAUUAUGCAAAUAUCUUUGCCGGUCAUGGAAUCUAACUUUGUAUCAGAGAACUGGACCGAGUGACCACUCCCCCUGACGUUCCAAACAGGAAGUACCCGCAAAAUCCCAUAGACUUCUGUAAAAUAAACAAACAGCUGUUAUCCAGUCAUUCUAUAUGUCAGAAUAACCUUUUUGGCUCUGAUACAUUUUGAACACGUUCUUGAUAAUCCUGUUUUUAGGGGGAGAUUUCUCUGUAGUGCAAGUUAUUUAAAUUGUGCCAUGGAGACAAUGACUCAAUCACUGCUAACUUACGUCUUGAGGCUCCAACAUGGCCCAUAUCCCCCCACCCCCAGAAAGAUUGGCACCUGAAUUGGUUUCAUUUGGUUGGAUCUGGAAAUAAGUCAUCUUCUGUAGGUGACGUCAGUCUCACUCGGUCCAGUUCGCUCAUACCCUCAGUGGGGGAAACAAAUGUUCCCAUAAAUCAGAUUUGAUGUGAUGCUUAUGAAACGGUUUUCAAAUUCCUCUUUCUGUUGAAGUCCUGAAGCUGGAGGCGGGUCCAGAGCUCUGCUGCGGCAGAAGCUGAAGGUGACUGUAGGUCAGUAACCCCAAAAACACUACGAGUCCCAAACAGCCUCUUUAUGUGUAGAAUUUAUGUAUUUUGUGUUUUAUUUGUAAAUAUAUGUUGUUGAUGAGCGAUGACUAAACAAAGGAUUUGCACUGUAAGCUUAACUCUACUGCUGUGAUGGAAAACUGUAUUUGUGGUUUUUAAGAAGGUUCUUUUGUUAUUUUUGGCUCAAGCCUCUCAUGUUCUUGAUUUGCUACUAACCUAAUGAGCCUCUGGACGCCGCGUUGUGUCUGAACUCUAACAUGCUGACAGGACGAGACGUUUGCAGGUUCAUCAUCUCACAUUCAGCAGCGAUCAGAAACAGAGCUGUCACCAAACAGGAAGUGCAGGUGAGCCUGCAGAGACCAGCUCUCAGUGUCCGGUUAUUGUGCACGCUGCAAAACGGAGUCACUUCAACAAUUCAGGCCUCGUUUUUAGAAGAUCCGUUUGCUUUAAAUUAUUGUUCAAAAAUUCCUUUUUGUUUGAAAUCCCAUUCUGCCAGUUUGAAACAGUGAAAUCCUUUGUAAGAUUGUUUUGUAGAACAAAAAUACAGACAUGAAGGUGACUUGAAUUGUUAGGACACUCGUUUUUGCAGCGUUGAUCAUAUUUUAUCCAUGACUGCAAAUGAAAUUCCUCACCCUGAUGCCAAUAAUGAAGAAUCUGGCUGAUGCUCUUUUCAGAGUUUGUUUACAGUCAAAUAAAGACGUGAUGGUGUACAAAAGAGGAAA